AUGACUAUACAAGACAUGGAUAUUUCUUUGAAUAUAUGUGCAAAACCUGUUGAUAAAAAGAAAAUAGGGACAGGAGAUGAUUCUAUCCUUAGUUUAAUGAGGCAGACAAAAAAUGAGGUAGCUAAAAGUAAAGUUCAAAACAAUAAUGAGUCAAAAAAAGUAUCCGUUAGAGAAAAUAGUACGACUAAAAAAAGAAUUAAACAAAAGUCUUUAGGAGCAAUUGUUGCACUGAAAUUAAAGGGAACUAAUACACCUAAUAAAAAUCAGUCUUCUGUUGUACAAAAUAAAUUAAAGACUAAAUCACAAGUAAAUAUUAAACAGAAGCAAUCGCAACAAGACAUAUCUAAAGAGCCUACAAAAGAAUAUAAAAAUGAUAUAGAAAUAAGUGACUCUUUGAACAACAAAGUGAAUGAAGAUUCCGAUGUCCCUGUUAUUUCAUUCGCUAAAGUUACCAAAGAAAAUUUUGGUAAAACUUUGUUAGCAAGAAAGAGAAACGUUACAGAUACAAAUACUAAGAAGACAUUGUCUAGCAUAUUUUCAAAACGACCAGAAUCUGAAGUUAAAGAAACUAGUUUGUUCGAUUCGUUAAAGACAAGAGAACCAGAUGAAAAUGAUAUAUCAAAAAAGAAAGCUAAAGAGGAAUUUAAAGAAGAAUCCAAAAAACCUUCUGAUUUACCAGAAAAGAUAAAUCUUGGCAAGAAAAAGAAGAAAAAACAACUAGAAAAGUCGAAAACUGAUAACAGUAGCAAUGUAGGAGAUAAUAAAAAUACAAAUUUCUCUCAUAAACCUGUUGGAAAGAUAUCUUCCUUAUUUGGGCAUAACCCAGAUAUACCAAACAUUGGACAAAGAUUAGUAAAACCGAUAAACGAGCCUAUAUUUGCAGGGACAACCUUUACCGAUCUUAAAAUUCAUCCUUUCAUGAUAUCUAACUUGGAGCAAAAUAUGCAUAUCACUAAAAUGACUAUAGUGCAGCAGAAAGCAAUUCCCCAGAUAUUUUCAGGGAAAGAUAUUCUAGUUAGAUCACAAACUGGUUCUGGGAAGACAUUAGCAUAUGCUUUGCCUAUAGUUGAGUGUUUACAUAAAAUUAGACCAAAAUUAAGUAGAAAUAGUGGUUUAAAAGCUCUUAUAGUUGUACCAACUAGGGAAUUAGCACUACAAACUUACGAGUGCUUUCUGAAAUUAAUAAAACCAUUUACGUGGAUCGUACCAGGAUAUCUAGCAGGUGGUGAAAAAAGAAAAGCAGAAAAAGCUAGACUGAGAAAGGGAUGCAAUAUUUUAGUCGGUACACCGGGUAGAUUACUAGAUCAUAUAAAACGAACGACGGCUUUAAAAUUGAGCGAUGUUAAAUACUUCGUUUUAGACGAGGCUGAUAGAAUGUUUGACAUGGGGUACGAGAAAGAUAUAUCUGGUAUAGUAAGUGCUUUGAAGGUGUCACUCCCAAGUCAAAACACAGGAUACGAUGCCAUGAAAAUGUUGCGUCAAAAUAUAAAGAAAGUUUUUACGGAUGAAGAUCUUGAGCACUUGGAAGAAUCUCGAAACGAUAAGCAAAAGGAUAACUUAUUGGUUGAAUCGAACAAGGGUAUAGAUGUAGAAUCUGAGGACGAUGAUAUUGUCGACAAUACUAAACGAAAACAAGUGUAUCAUUCUAGCAGUGACGAUGAUUCCGACCAAUGCGAGCCUUACGUUAAAUCGAAAAAAUCAGAUAGGCAGAAAGCUUGUUCAGACUUUGUGGAAAAGAAGGAGUUUGAUACUCUGGAAGAUAAGACGCAACUCAAAGAAGAUGAUAAUCAUAGUGGGGACGAGUCGAGAAGGCAGACGAUUUUACUUUCCGCGACAUUGACACAGGCGGUAGAAAAAUUGGCAGGCCUUGCUAUGGAUCAUCCUAUUUUCAUCGAUGCUGCUAAAGAAAAUUUGGAAACAACCGGUGGUGAUACAAACGAGCUUAACGAAGAUUUAGUAGUUCCACAAAGCGUGAAUCAAAGUUAUAUCGUCACACCUCCAAAACUGAGAAUGGUGACUUUAAGUGCUUAUAUCGCGGGAAAGUGUCAGAGUCACGGUCAACAUAAAAUACUGAUAUUUAUGGCCACGCAAGAUAUGGUUGAUUAUCACACGGAGAUCUUAUCGUCUGUACUAACUAAACCCAUCGACGAAGAUGACGACGAUUCUGAUCCUUUGGUCGAUGUGGAAUUCUUCAAAUUACACGGUAGCAUGACUCAAAAGGAACGAACCGAAGUAUUCAAAACUUUCAGACAGGCGAAAAGUGGUGUUCUACUCUGCACGGAUGUUGCAGCUCGAGGAUUGGAUCUACCAAAGGUGGACUGUGUGAUUCAAUACACAGGACCGACGUCUGCCAGGGAUUACGUGCAUCGAAUCGGUAGAACCGCGCGAGCUGGUUCUUCCGGUUCGGCCACUAUCUUUUUAACCCCGCCAGAAAUUGAAUUUGUCCGAAUGCUCGAGUCUAGGCGUAUCAGAAUCAGGCAAGAGAUCAUGGACGAUAUUUUAGACAACCUACUGACUCCCCUGUCGAAACAUUCUUCCGUUCACAACGCAGCGAUCGGGCUUCAGAAUGAGUUCGAAACUAUGGUGUUGGAAAAUACGAAAUUGCGGGAAAGAGCGUGCAAAGCGUACACCUCGUGGAUACGUUUCUACUCUAGCUACCCACGCGACAUGCGGGAGAUCUUCGAUCGACGAACCGCCCAUUUGGGUCACUACGCAAAGAGUUUUGCUCUAAGGGAAACUCCGCAGCGAAUCGGUGGAAUAGGGAAAAGACUGCACGAGAAAGACAGCUCGAAGCAACAGCAUAACAACAGGCUCGCGAACGAGAAGCUCGACGGGGAGCCGGCAAAGAAGCAGAAGCGUCAAGGUGACGAACCGAAGAUGGGGUUGCUGAAGAGAGUCAGAAUGCUUAACACCUCCGAGUACGACAGCGGCCUCGAGCCCGUGAAGAAGCCAAAGAAAUCCUGAGCUACGCAUUAUCACCUCGACUACUAUCGAACAAAAUGCGAUUUCGUUAUCGUGAUUCCCACCUCUCAUGUAAAUACACUGCCUUCCUUUAAGCGCACGGUUAACCGGAAAAUCAGGUUACUCGCAUUUUCCUCAUUUUAUCGUAGCUGCUGCUUGCUUAUUUCGUUAUACCAUGCGAUGUACAUAUCCGUAGGUACAUGGUUGCACAGAUCGAUUGUUUUGUAUAUAGAAAUAUAAUCUCGUUCGAUAUCACGUAUGAUAUAAAGAUACCAAAUGUGUGAAUAUUACGGAAGGAAUAAACUCGGCUUACGAAG